AUGGCUAUCUCCGCAUCGCUUUCCUCCGAAUCGCAGCAGCUGUUAUGUCUCACCAUUACUGCCUAUCGCAAACCCGGGCUUAGCGAGUCGGCCUACCGAGAGUACAUGACUAAGAUCCAUGCUCCCUUGGUUAGCGGUCUCAUGGAAGAAUAUGGCAUUGUUCGGUACAACAUGACCCACAACAAUAGUAAAAGCCGGCCAUUACUCUUCCAGCUGUACGAUCCUGAAUUCUCCAAGCUGUCUGACUAUGAUUGCAUUGUGCAAUUCGUAUUCCGGCGCAUGGAAGAUUUUCAGCGGAUGAAGAGUGACCCGCGAUUCUUGGAGAAGGUGGCCCCUGAUCACCAAAAGUUUGCAGACACUUCAAAGUCGACCUACUUCGGAGACGGCCAAGAGGCAUAUCCAACGGGCCCAAAUACCCACAUCUCGGGGUUGUGUAUUGGGGCAUUGGCCGCAGCCGCAGUUAGUUCUUCGAAGUCGCUAGCUGAGCUGGUUCAGGCAGGUAUAGAUGCAGUUCGCGUGUCACUCAAAGUUGGCCUCUUGGUUGCUCGGACAGCAGCUUUGUUCAGCCAUCAGGAGCCCAACGGGACCUCUUCGUCACCUUGGUCAUAUGCCGUUCCCGACUCACAAUUACCACUGGCUUUUGCUGAAGAAGCCAUUGAGUCUUAUCAAGUCAAAACCAAAAUUCCGCCUCUCUCAUUGCCAUAUAUUAGCGCAAAGGGACAGAACUCAUGGACGGUCAGCGGACCGCCAGAAAUUGUGCAGCACUUUCUAGAGUCUUCGAAAUUUGAAAAGACUUUGAGAUUAACGCCGCUUGCUGUGCAUGCGCCGUAUCAUGCGCCGCACAUUUUCUCCGCCAGAGAUGUCGAACAUAUCAUCCACGCUGUCGGUCCGGUCAGCAAUAUAUCAAGCAAACUGUCAUUUAUUUCCAGCUCCUCUAGCUGCAAUCUGCCAAACGGCGUCAAGUUUCAGGACUUGCUCUACAGGGCCGUUGAGGACAUUCUAAUCCUAUCAUUAGACCUGCGAGAGGCAGCUGAAAACAUACGGCUAGUUCUCGAAGCAACAGAUGACGUGCAGCAAUGCGUCUUGUUUCCCAUCUCAACCACCGUCUGUCCAAGCCUCAAACAGUCGUUUUCGCCUGUCUUGGCAAGCCGAGUCUCUAUAGUCGACUGCAUUAUGGAAAGUGUUGCAGCGAAUGCCGGUCCAAAGUCCACCUCUGGCCCGAAGCCAAGCGACUCCAAGAUAGCUAUCAUUGGUAUGUCUGGAAGAUUCCCAGAAUCCGCAGACGUUGAAGCAUUCUGGGACCUUCUGUACCAAGGGCUUGAUGUUCAUCGGCCUGUACCACCAGAUAGAUUCAACGGAGAGUCAUACUACGAUGUCACUGGCAAGCGGAAAAACACAUGCAAGGUUAUGCACGGAUGCUGGAUCAACGAGCCGGGGCUGUUUGAUGCAAAGUUCUUCAACAUUUCGCCAAAAGAAGCCGAACAAUCUGACCCUGGUCAGCGAUUGGCUCUAGCAACCGCGUAUGAGGCUCUUGAGUCGGCGGGCGUUGUUGCUGAUAGGACACCCUCAACGCAGAGAGACCGAGUUGGGGUGUUCUACGGUAUGACAAGCGAUGACUAUAGAGAAGUUAGUUGCGGCCAGAAUGUCGACACUUAUUUCAUACCAGGAGGGAAUCGAGCCUUUACACCAGGGAAAAUAAACUACUUCUUCAAAUAUUGCGGUCCAUCUGUGAGCGUUGAUACUGCGUGCUCAUCAAGUCUUGCGGCUAUUCACUUGGCUUGCAAUUCCAUCUGGCUAAAUGAGUGCGACACAGCCAUUGCGGGUGGUACAAAUGUAAUGACGAAUCCUGACAGCUUUGUAGGGCUGGAUCGCGGAUAUUUUCUCUCAAGAACAGGCAACUGUCAUACUUUUGAUGAUGAAGCCGAUGGCUAUUGUCGUGCAGAUGCGGUUGGAACCGUUAUUUUAAAGAGGCUUGAAGAUGCAAUCGCAGAUCAUGAUCCUAUCCUCGGUAUCAUCUCCGGCGCUUAUACAAACCACUCUGCCGAUUCCGUUUCCAUUACGAGACCACACUCCGGAGCUCAGGAGGAGAUCUUUUCCAAGCUGCUUACCGAGUCCGGCGUCCACCCUCACCAAGUCAGCUACAUAGAGAUGCACGGCACUGGAACACAAGCCGGCGAUGCGACCGAGAUGACGUCAGUUCUGAAUUGCUUCGCUCCAUCCACGCACCCAAGGCGGCUGCCUCACGAAAGUCUUCACCUGGGCUCAACAAAAGCAAACGUCGGCCAUGCCGAAUCUGCAUCCGGGGUUUCAGCCCUGAUUAAAGUUCUGCUCAUGAUGGAAAAAAAUAUAAUUCCACCUCACUGUGGUAUCAAGGGCAAAAUUAACCAAAAGUUCCCGACGGAUUUGGACGAACGCAAUGUUCACAUAGCCAAGACGGCCACCCAAUGGAACAGGCGCGAUGAGUUUAACAAUAUUCGCCGCGCCUUUGUGAAUAACUUUUCUGCUGCUGGCGGCAACACAGCACUGCUCGUGGAAGACUAUCCACUUCCUACCGUGGACUCAUCACAAGAAGAUUCUCGGACGGCCCAUGUGGUGGCAGUAUCUGCCAAAUGUGUUAAAUCUCUCAAGGGUAACUUGGAGAAUUUAAAGAAAUUUGUUCAGAAACAAUCAUCCAUUGAAGGCUUCUUACCCAAGCUGUCUUAUACAACCACAGCUCGACGGAUGCACCACCCAUUUCGUGUUGCGAUCCCAGCUGCAAGUUCUGAUCAGCUGCUAAGUGCUUUGGAUCAAGAGCUUAAACACGAAAGUUACAGAUGUACUUCUGAAUCACCCGUCGCUUUUGUGUUCAGCGGCCAGGGAUCUCAGUAUAGUGCCAUAGGCCGGCAUUUGCUGCACUUUACAAUAUUCCGCGAUGAAGUCAACUCGUACGACAUUUUAGCGCAGCGUCACGGAUUCCCUUCUAUCAUGCCGCUUAUAGAUGGAUCGGUCGAUAUUGAGGACCUUGAGCCGCUCGUCGUCCAACUCGGUACCGUAUGUGUGCAGAUGGCACUUGCAAGCCUCUGGAUAGCAUUUGGUAUGCGGCCAGCCUAUGUGGUUGGUCAUAGUCUAGGACACUAUGCGGCACUGAAAGUCGCGGGUGUUCUUACAGCAAGUGAUACCAUCUACCUAGUUGCCAUGAGGGCUCGGUUGCUUCAGAACAAAUGCAGCCGAGGAAGCCACACCAUGCUGGCAAUUCGAAGCAGUGCCGAUGAGAUGCAAGCCUACUUGGAUGAGGACAUUUACGACAUUGCUUGCAUCAAUGGUCCACAGGACACUGUUGUUAGUGGCUGUAUAGAUGAUAUUGAUCGACUAUCUCAGAAGCUCAUGGACAACCGCAUCAAAGUCACAAGAGUUAAUGUUCCAUUUGCAUUCCAUUCGGCCCAGGUUGACCCCAUACUGGACGAGCUUGAAGCCAUAGCUUCUCAAGUCGAGUUUCAUACCCCAAGGGUGGCAAUUGGAUGUCCCUUGCUUGGCAAGACUUUUGUUGCUGGCGAGACAUCUUCACUUGGGGCCGACCACAUAAAGCGUCACUGCAGGGAAACCGUCAACUUCCGUGACAUUCUGCGGUCGGCCAAGGGCGAUGGCUUAAUCUCCGAAAAGACGGCCUGGAUUGAGAUAGGCCCACAUACAGUGUGCUCAACACUUCUCAGGGCCAAUAUCAACCAAGAUAUUGUUGCGGUCCCAUCUUUGAUGCGCAAUAAAGAUGGGUGGCAAGUACUGGCUUCGAGCGUUGCAACUCUGUAUCGCCAUGGGUUACCGGUCGAUUGGGAUGAAUAUCACCAUGACUUUGAAGCGUGUAAACAAGUAUUGCGGCUACCAGCCUAUAGCUGGGAUAACAAAGUAUACUGGAUUCAUUAUGUGUACGAUUGGUUACUCACACGAGGCGACCCUCCCGUCCAAGCUGCGGCUUCACUGCCAGCGCCUCCUUCUAGCUUCUCAACUGCUUCAGUACACCGAAUUGUUCACGAAUCCGUUGACAAGGGAAAGCUCACUCUUACGGCAGAGUGUGAAUUCACCAGUGAACAAUUGCGUGAAGUGGUAUACGGUCACGUUGUCAAUGGCAAUCGCGUUUGCAGCUCGUCAUUAUAUACAGACUUUGGCGUUACCUUGGGCCUCUAUAUCCUGGAAACAUAUCGUCCGGAUCUCAAGGACCAUUCCGUAGACGUCCAAGACAUGGUGGUUAAUAAAGCUCUGGUCCAUAAAGAGGGUUCAACUAUGCUCCUAAGGAUCAAUGUUAUCCUCGACAUGACUGAUGGCAAAGCCGCAAGCAUGUCCAUCUACAGCGUCAAUUCCAAGGGAGACAAGACUGCCGACCAUGCCCAAUCCAGCCUUCACUUCGAGCAGCCCAAGGUCUGGCUUAGGAAUUGGGACAGUACUCAAUACUACGUUGAGCGAAGCAUCGAGUGGCUCAAAGAGAAAGCCGAUCAGGGUCUCAACAGCCGCAUGUCUUCGGGCGUUAUAUACAAGCUCUUCUCCAGCUUGGUUGACUACAGCACUGCUUAUAAAGGCAUGCAAGAGGCGAUUGUAAACACCGAAGACUUCGAGGCUACGGCUUUAGUUCGGUUCCAAGUCGACGAGGGCAAUUUUAGAUGCAAUCCUAUGUGGGUGGACAGCUGCGGCCAGCUUGCUGGGUUCUUAAUGAACGGUCAUGCAAAGACUCCCAAAGACCAAGUGUUUAUCAACCAUGGCUGGCAGUCUUUCAGGACAGUGAGAAAACUCAGUAAAGAUAAGACAUAUCGCACAUAUGUCAGGAUGCGGUGCAUUGAAGGGACUACUUAUGCCGGAGACGUUUAUAUCUUCGACAAUGAAGGCAUCGUGGGUGUUUGCGGUGGUAUCACGUUCCAAGGUAUUCCCCGCAAGGUUCUGAACACUGCGAUGCCACCACCGAAAUCUCAAAACGAGGCUCAAGUCCAUUCCAGCCCUGCAAAAUCUAGACCGAAACCCCCAGGGAGCGCAUCCUCAGUACAUUCGGGCCGCCUCGCGCGCCAUACCAACAUUGAACCCCUGAAGCUCGAUGCGGCUUUGAAGUCGGCAACUGCUGCAAGAGAUCCUAUGCAGGCUCUUUUCAAGAUCGUGUCUGAGGAGAUUGGUAUUCCCUCGGCUAGUGUUCAGAAUGACCUGGUUUUCGCAGACUACGGAGUUGACUCUCUUCUUUCUCUGUCAAUUUCUGGACGGCUUCGUGAGGAACUUGAUCUAGAUGUUGAGUCGUCGGUUUUUGAAACCUGCGCAACCCUCGCCGAUCUUGCCACUCACCUUGGAUUUGACACUUUCUCAUCUGAUCAGUCCUCUGGACAGUCGAGUUCUUGCGGUGGGCUUUCUCCCAGGAGCGAUUCCACUGGGGAGAUAACCAGCAACGCGACUACUCCGCCGUCUUUAAGCCCGCGAGGCUCAGUGUCUGGCAGUCAGUGCAAAGAUGUGUGCGCUAUUCUGGCAGAGGAGAUUGGCGUGUCGAUGAGCGAGAUCACAAAUGACACUGAUCUUGGUGAAUUGGGCAUGGAUUCACUCAUGUCGCUGGCUGUACUCAGUCGUCUGCGCGAAGAGUUGGAGCUUGACUUGGAAGGUGACUUUUUCGUUUCUCAUCCCAAAUUCAGUUCCUUCAAGCACAUGUUCCAACAGGGUCAUGAAGAUGAAAUUGAACCAGAGCCGUCUGCAGAGUUGAAGCAAUAUCGCGCAACAUCAACUCUCCUGCAAGGUAACCCCAAGUCUGCGCUUUAUACCUUGUUCCUGCUUCCGGAUGGCUCCGGAUCCUCAUUUUCGUACGCACCCAUCAACGCGGUACGCAAAGACGUUUGUGUGUAUGGUCUCAAUUGCCCUUGGCUCAAGUCUGCCGAAAAGCUGGUGCAGUUUGGCCUCAAAGGACUUGCUACACUUUACGUCGAAGAAAUUCGACGCAGAGCACCUCACGGCCCGUAUAACCUAGGUGGGUGGUCUGCGGGAGGUAUUUGUGCCUACGAAGCAGCAAUCCAAUUUACUCGAGAAGGCGAAACCGUCGAGCGUCUUAUUCUCCUCGACUCUCCCAACCCCAUCGGUCUGGAGAAGCUACCCGCACGGCUGUUUGAUUUUGUCAAUGGCCUGGGACUAUUUGGAGACGGCAAGGCACCGGAUUGGCUGCUUGCGCAUUUUCUUGCAUUUAUUGACGCACUGGAUGAGUGGAAGCCAGUGCCCUGGGAUAAAGCCCUCGGUAGCAAUACGCCACCGCCCAUGACAUAUAUUCUCUGGGCUGAGGAUGGCAUAUGCAAGGGCACCGAUGCACGCCCAGAAUAUCGAGAUGACGAUCCUCGUGAAAUGAAGUGGUUACUUGAAAAUCGAACAAACUUUGGAGGCAAUAAUUGGGAUGUUUUGCUCGGUGAACCGGCGCUUUCAAUUGAACGCAUACAGGAUGCGAAUCAUUUUACCAUGCUGCGCAAGGGAAAGAAUACCGAGCGUGUCGCGGCUUUUAUUAGGAGUACUUUCGGUUGA